AUGGCAAUGGUCAGCAAUCCUGCCGAUGUGGCAGCCACCAUGCCUCACAUGGACCCUGUGGCCAAUGAUAAUCAGUCGGCACUUCCUGUUUGGGAUAGGACACUCUCAGGCUCUACCAAUACCGACUUGGACCAUCAAAUUGAAAAACUCCGAAAGUGUGAAUGCUUGCAAGAGUCUGAAGUGAGAGACUUGUGUCUUCGUGCCAGAGAAAUUCUUGCGCGAGAGAGCAAUGUGCAACGAGUGGAUGCUCCUGUUACAGUUUGUGGUGACAUUCACGGGCAAUUUUACGAUCUAGUGGAACUCUUCAAAGUGGGUGGAGAAUGUCCUCACAAGAACUAUCUGUUUCUGGGAGAUUUUGUCGACAGAGGUUAUUACUCUGUGGAAACCUUGCUUUUGCUCUUGGCUCUCAAAGUAAGGUAUCCCAGUCGCAUUACUUUGAUCAGAGGCAACCACGAAAGUCGGCAAAUUACACAAGUUUAUGGAUUUUACGAUGAAUGUCUCCGAAAGUAUGGUUCCGUCAACGUCUGGAGAUACUGUACAGAGAUUUUUGAUUACAUAUCGUUGACCGCGGUCAUUGAAGACAAAAUCUUUUGCGUCCACGGAGGUCUGUCUCCGAGCAUCAACACCCUAGACGAAAUUCGAGCCAUCGAUCGAAAGCAGGAAGUUCCUCACGAAGGAACCAUGUGCGAUCUGAUGUGGAGUGAUCCCGAAGAAAUUGAGGGAUGGGGAUUGUCACCCAGAGGUGCUGGUUACCUCUUUGGGGGAGACAUUGUCACCAUGUUCAACGAACGAAAUGAUCUAGAAAUGAUUGCACGAGCCCAUCAGCUCGUCAUGGAGGGGCACAAAAUUAUGUUCAAUGGUUCUGUAGUCACUGUCUGGUCCGCACCCAACUACUGCUAUCGGUGUGGAAAUGUGGCUUCCAUCUUUGAAGUCGAUGAGAAUUUGCAACGAACCUUCCAAACCUUUGAUGCGGCGCCAAAGGAUGAGCGCAGAGUACCGGGAAGAAACCCAACACCCGACUACUUUUUGUAG